AUGCAACGGAAGCUAACUAUCGGUGUUAUUUGCCUGGGUGGUUUCAAGUUCUGUGGAUUGGGCAUUCCUGGGUUCUGCUUGGCGUGCUGUUUACUAUUAGGUGUUGGUAAUCCAAUUGUUUCCCGAAUCUGCUUUAUCAGUCUGAGCUUGUAUGCUUUCCUUGAAUCCUGCGCUGUGCUUAUGUCGAUUAAGGAAUACAGAGAGACAGUUUUCAAAUCAGUUGGAAUAGUCACUCCGUCUUCAUACCAUACUCCAAAGGUUUCAAUCGUAAUAAAGACAGUGGGGGAACGACCAGCGAAUCCUUAA